UGUGCUGAUGUCAACUCUCACAACCACCACCAACCUGGCACCAUGAGCUAUCCCCUCGGACCGCCGGCGAGCUUGCUCGAGUCGCAAGCAACAUCAGACGAACUCAAUACUGCUACUGCGCCUACAUCCGAUUCGGAGUCGAAAGAGUCAAAAGAAGACGCGAAUACACCAAAACAUGACAAUUCCGCCGUUCCGAACGCACCGCCCCUCGAUGUGAAAGCACUCACUGACCGCGCCCUCACGUUUCUGGCAACGGCCAGCAAUGAAUCACUAGGCGCAUGCCUCGUGGGACUGGGUGCCAGCACAUACUUGAUUCUAGGCCAGUUUGGCCUGUUGCUGAUUGGCGUAGUGGGUGGCGUGGUGCUUCAUGCUACAUGGGAGGGUCAAGGACACGACACCCAAGGUCGCAAUGCUGGACAAGCGGCUGAGCCUCGCAGGCGUGAAUUGGGUGUCGACAUCGCGCGCAGAGUGCUUGACUGGCGGGAUGUAGCCGGUCGAAUCAAGAAUGGGGAUAUUCAGACAGACGAAAACGCUCGAAAUGAAAAGGAGGACACAGACCUAGCUGUCAAGUUAGCCUCUGGGAAAGAGCUAGGCUUCUCGGAAUUUCGUCCGGAGACGGCAGCAGCCCUCACUGAGCUCACUGACGCCGUCAUCCGGGACUAUGUCAAAUGGUGGUAUGCGCCGAUCCUCCCCACAGAAGAUGUAUUCCCAAGAGCGAGUCGCCAGACAUUUGCAGCUUUCAUCCUUGCUUUGUCCAACCACCUUUCGCGAAAGCGUCCGGCGGACAUUUUCAUUGACUUCACAACCCGCUCCUCCUCCUUCAUGAUCAUCAUUUUUCAAGAACUGUCAAACGCUAUCAUGGCAUCGCCCGGCGACACCGCUGCCGAAGCCAUCGACUCAUACCUGAAAAUGAAACGCGACAGCACGCUUGCCAACAUACUUAGCCAUGAUUAUCAGGCUAAACAGUUUGAUGUGGCUGCUGAAGACAUCCUCCAAAAUUAUCUUGAAUCGAAGACAUACAAUUGUCCGCCUGCACGCGUCUUCUUACACCAAAUCCUAGCCAAGACUGUUCUAGAGAUGAUUGUCACCACUUGUUCGAAACCGGAAUGGAUAAAUGGUUGGAUCGUAUACCUAUUGGAGGAUGGCGAGCCAGAGCUGCUGAAUGCCAUCGAUGCCGGUGUGGAAGGCUCAUCUGCGCGUUCAGCCGAGGGAGCGAUAAGAAACAGCACAGGAGGGAGCACUGCCGAGGAUUCUGUAGAGGUCAAGAAACAUAAGCGGGCUGUUAGUCAGGCCCAGCAGGCUAUGGACGAUGCCCUGAUGGAGGCUCAGCGACUGAGCCAGAUGAUCGCCGACGAAGAUGCGAAACGUCUCAAGGACCAGCAAACCCCAUCGAAUUCGUCUCUCACCGAUGAUCAAUCUGAGAGCACCACUCAAGGAAUUAUCACACCGACUUCUUCUCAAAGCGAGACACUAGCUGAGAAUGACAACAUGUCGACCUCCAUAACUUCUAACGCGCCCACGAAACCAUUAUCCGAAGCCAGCCUGCCCCCGACCACGAGCAUACCGGACUCCCCGCCUAAGCAAGAAUCUAAGCAAUCUUUCACCAGUUUUGAUCAGAUUCUCCCGCCAGCGAAUGCGCCGACAGCCUUGUUGGACGAUCCCCCACCUCCUCCCCCACCACUCACUUUACACAACUGUAGGCUCACCAUUUUCGACGAUGCUCAGCCUGGAGAAAAGGCCAUAAUACGAAACAAGCCAAUGGUUGAGUACCUGAUUCAGAUCGAGCCCUCCCUGGAUUAUUAUAAGGGAUGGAUGUCAGCAAAGAGAUACUCUGACUUUGAAACACUUCAUGAGGUACUUCGACGAAUUGCGCCCAUCGCAGGCGCAACAGGCUUCAUCGAAGCACACAAAGAACUACCCACCUGGAAGAACCACACCAAACCCUCCUUAAGGGGUGAGCUGGAGCGCUAUCUGAAUGACGCCGUCCAAUACAAACCUCUUGCGGAGAGCGAAGGAAUGAAGCGCUUCCUCGACAAAGAGAUUGGGUCUGGCAAGUCUCCCAGCGGUAGUGGCAUAUGGCCAGGGCAGGCCUUCGAGACUAUGGGGAAAGGCAUGAUGGAUGUCCUCACUAAAGCGCCCAAAGAGGUUGCUGGGGGUGGCAAAGCUCUUUUUGGAGGCGUGACUGGUGUAUUGGGCAGCGUGGGAACCCCGUUUGCUGCAAAGAAGAAUCGCGAAUCCACUACAACGAGUAGUCCUGCUAGUAUAUCGCGCACAUCGACAUCUUCGACUCCGAAUGCGCAGAUUCAGACUCGCCACAAUCGGGCGGAGAGCACCGUAUCUGAACUUCCAACACAUAUCCGCACUGAAAGCUCGUUAUCCCUAGCGGCGACAAGACGAACAUCUACCGAAUCGCUCCGCAAUCCUAACUCUCCCAUAAUUGACCAACAGCCGCAGCGCGAAGCUCUUAUGGAACGUCGACCUAGCUACAAUCCUGAUGGCGAUGGCAAGAAAUCAGGUCGGUCGUCCGUCUACGGCGCAUCGCGCAGCAACAGUCGCGCACCGUCAGCCCGUGAGAGCUUCGAUCUGUCCCCCACCAUGGGCGGCGAUCAGAUCCUCAAUCUUCCACCAAUGCCCUCCGAGAUCACGGAUGACUAUACUUCUUCACCUGCUCGUAAUUCUACUACCUCCCUGUCUCUCACCAAAACCAAUGAAAGCGACGCUCCACCUUCUCUCCCACGCCGCCUCUCCGCCAUUUCUCUCGCUUCGCCUCCCAAAAACCCACCAACAGCACGGACUGCUCAGCCUUCCAAACCCACCCCCUCAAAACCGCGGACACACUCAUCACUCUCCGAGCAGGAGACUACUGUCAUCAUCGAGCUCAUGUUUGCCGUUAUCACAGAGCUUUAUACACUCUCUUCUGCAUGGACCCUCCGCCGCACUCUCCUCAAUGCCGCAAAAACAUUCCUUCUCCGCCCCGGAAACCCGCAACUCACCUCCAUUCAAGCACUCCUACAAACCUCCGUUCUUGAAGCCUCAGCUUCAGAUGCCGGGCUCGCUGCUCAAAUUCGCAAGAUGCGCGCCAACGCGCUGCCCACGCCCGACGAACUUGCGGCUUGGCCGGCGCCUCCGAAUGAGGACGAGAAGGAAGCGUUGAGGAUCAAGGCGCGGAAAUUGUUAGUCGAGAGGGGCAUGCCUCAGGCACUAACAAGUGUUAUGGGAAAUGCAGCGAGUGGAGAAGCAUUGGGCAAAGUUUUUGACGCUAUGCAAGUCGAGAGUGUGGCUAGAGGUGUUAUCUUCGGGCUCGUGUUGCAAGGUCUGAGAGGUGUUACUCAGUAG